UGCGGCCGCCAUUUUCCUGCGGCGCCCAGUGAGCGUGUGUCCCCCGACCCCGGCCGAGCGGAAGGAGCGAAGGGCGGGGGCGGGGGGCAGGAGGAGGGGUCGCUGCCCGGGUGACAGGGCCGUCCCCGGGGGCGGAGCGCAGCGCAGCUGCCCGCGGCGGGGCAGAGCGACGUGUCUGAGCGGGUCCGUCCCUCUGUCCCGUCCCAGCCCGGCGCCGCGCGGCCCCGCAGCACCAUGUCCGGCCAGAGCCUCACCGACCGCAUCACGGCGGCGCAGCACAGCGUGACCGGCUCGGCCGUCUCCAAGAUCGUCUGCAAAGCCACGACCCACGAAGUUAUGGGCCCCAAGAAGAAGCACCUGGACUACUUAAUCCAGUGCACAAAUGAGAUGAAUGUAAACAUCCCCCAGCUGGCGGACAGCUUAUUUGAAAGAACUACCAAUAGUAGCUGGGUGGUGGUCUUCAAGUCCCUCAUCACAACUCACCAUCUAAUGGUGUAUGGAAAUGAGCGUUUUAUCCAGUAUCUAGCUUCCAGAAACACACUGUUUAAUUUGAGCAAUUUCCUAGACAAAAGUGGAUUGCAAGGGUAUGACAUGUCCACAUUUAUCAGACGGUAUAGUAGGUAUCUGAAUGAAAAAGCAGUUUCUUACAGACAAGUGGCUUUUGACUUCACCAAAGUAAAAAGAGGGGCUGAUGGAGUCAUGAGAACAAUGAACACAGAAAAACUCCUUAAAACUGUACCAAUUAUACAAAAUCAGAUGGAUGCACUUCUUGACUUCAAUGUCAAUAGCAACGAGCUUACAAAUGGUAUAAUAAAUGCUGCCUUCAUGCUCCUCUUCAAAGAUGCCAUUAGACUCUUUGCAGCAUAUAAUGAAGGAAUUAUUAACCUUCUGGAAAAAUACUUUGACAUGAAAAAAAACCAGUGCAAAGAAGGCCUUGACAUAUAUAAGAAGUUUCUCACUAGAAUGACAAGGAUCUCAGAGUUCCUCAAAGUUGCAGAGCAAGUUGGAAUCGACAGAGGAGACAUACCAGAUCUUUCUCAGGCACCAAGCAGUCUUCUUGAUGCUUUGGAACAACAUUUAGCCUCUUUAGAAGGAAAGAAAAUCAAAGACUCCACAGCUGCAAGCAGGGCUACCACACUUUCCAAUGCAGUCUCUUCCCUUGCAAGCACUGGCCUGUCUCUCACCAAAGUGGAUGAAAGGGAAAAACAAGCUGCAUUAGAGGAAGAGCAAGCUCGUUUAAAAGCUUUAAAGGAACAACGUCUAAAAGAACUUGCAAAGAAACCUCAUACCUCUUUAACGACAGCAGCCUCUCCCGUGUCUACUGCAGCGGGAAGCAUAAUGACCACCCCCGCCAUUGAUAUUUUUUCCACCCCUAGCUCUUCGAACAGCACAUCAAAUCUGCCAAAUGAUCUACUUGAUUUGCAGCCAACCUUUCAUCCAUCUGUACAUCCUAUAUCCACUGGGCCACAAGUAGGAGGUACAUGGGGAGAUCCAUUCUCUGCUACUGUUGAUGCUGUUGAUGAUGCCAUUCCAAGCCUAAAUCCUUUCCUCACCAAAACUAAUGAUGCUGUUCAUCUGUCUGUUGUAUCUUCUGAUGUAUCUACUUUCACCACUAGGACACCCACCCAUGAAAUAUUUGUUGAUUCAUUUUGUGGCCCUCAAGCUUAUCCUAAUGCUUCUCAUUUCCGCAAUGAGCCCUCUACUGUAGCUGGUCUAUUUGGAGGGUUCACUCCUUCUCCUGUUGCUCAACCACAGCCCGUAGCUGGCCUUAAUGUUGACUUUGAGUCUGUGUUUGGAAACAAAUCUUCUAAUGUCGUCGUAGAUUCUGGUGGCUUUGAUGAAUUAGGUGGACUCCUAAAACCAACAGUGACCUCUCAAAACCAGAAUCUUCUGGUUGCCAAGCUGCCACCUAACAAGUUAGUAUCAGAUGAUCUGGAUUCAUCCUUAGCCAACCUUGUAGGCAAUUUGGGCAUUGGAAAUGGAACUACUAAAAAUGAUGUAAAUUGGACUCAGCCAGGCGAAAAGAAAUUAACUGGUGGUUCCAACUGGCAGCCCAAGGUUGCACCCACAACUGCAUGGAAUGCUCCAACAAUUAUUUGGAAAGAGAAACAAUAUCUCUCUUCAGGUCAUCUACCUGCUCUCAUUUUGGGUGGCAGCUGCCAACUCAGAUCUUGUAUGCAGGCACCGCCUGUAAUGGCCUAUCCUGCUACAACACCAACAGGAAUGAUGGGCUAUGGAAUGCCAACACAGAUGGGAGGUGUACCAGUAAUGACACAACCAACUUUAAUAUACAGCCAACCUAUCAUGAGACCACCAAACCCUUUUGGCCCCGUUUCAGGAGGACAGCUGUCUGCAGCAUCCAGCCCUUCCAGUCAGAGUCCUCACAGAGCCUCAGGAAAGGAUCCCUUUGCAGAGCUCUCUCUCCAGGAUUUCUUGUAAAACAACUUAGAUACAGUUUAUGUAAUCACGCCAGAUGAGAAAGGAACAGCUCCCAAAAGACACGUGCUCAACAGCAAACCCCCUACUUCCAGCAAAAUCCAAAUUGCUGUAUUUUAACUCCUCUUCCUUUAAAAUGAUGCAGGAAAAUCAUGAAGGCCCACAAAGGAAACUGGGACGACUCUUUAGGAAAGUGUCAAUACAUGAUAUAAAGCCAAGAAUUCCCCUGAUUUAAGAUGUUCUUUUCUGGUGACUAAUGCGUCAGUACUUUCAACUCCUAUUAAUAUCCAUAAUCAGUAACAUACAAAGAGAAGCUCUUAUUCUGAAAUUGUAAGAUUUGUAUUUGGAAAUGCUGUGGGGAAUGAAGAUGAGUGUCCUUUAUCAUAACUCAAAACAAGAUUUUCUUUGGGGGAUCAGAUCCUAACUCUUACUUCUGCAGUUAUCUUUUCUUCAGUCCUCACAAAUGUAGACACAGCAAUGAAAAUUAACUUUUCUUUAAAAAAAAAAUUAUAUAUUCAGUUUGCAGUAGACAUUCCUUAUGUAUUGUUUGUAUUUAUUUAUGAUUAUCAAUUUAAGUAACAUUAAUAUUGUAUCAAACUCCUUAUGAAAAUGAGUAUGGAUGUAUACAGUAUGUCUGAUUUUUUUAUCCACAAUAAUGAUUUUGAUUCAAAAUGCUUUUCAGCUGACAUAUAGAGCACUAACUAUUUUAAAGGCCUGAAUCUUAUGAAUUCUCAGUCUGUAUGGGAAUUAGGAAAGUUAUAAAAUGCAUUAAUCCUUUAUAGUCAAUUCUGUGCCUAGGAUUUUGCAAGGGAACAGUUAACUGACAAGGAGAAGCACUACAUUUUUAAUUCAGCAUUAGUGCAUUGGGAAGGAACUUUAUUGCUUUGUGCUUGGCAUGUCAUUAUUUUACAUUUGACAUAAGGCCUUUCCAGAAUGAAUGUGAGGAAUUGCUUUCACUUUAAGACUUUCCUUUUCUUUAAAAACUCUAGGAGGUAUUAUGUGAAAAAAGCCUUGAUUUUCAUUUGGCUAGUGCCAUGUUUAUGAUCAUGUACCUUUAAAAAAAAAAUAAAAAUAAAUAAGGGAAGUAGCAUCUUUACAAAUGACUAGCAAGAAUUUAGUUAAUGAAGAAUUAAAGCAGCACUGUUGAUCGGUGCUUUGCGUAAAUACAUCGUAACUUUUGGGUCGAAAGGGGCCUUCAGAAGGAUAGUCAAUGAUAUGAAAGCAAUUCUGUACAUGAAUGAAGCAUACUUGCUGCAUUGUCUCUGCAGAUUCUAUUUUUGUUUAAAAUAUUAAAAUGUAUGUUAGCAAAAAUGGGUGGAUUUUCAAAUAAAAUGCAGCUUCCACAGAACUUUUGUUACA